UUAAGUGAAAGUGUACGAAAAAUGUGUUUUAAAUAUUUAGUUUACUUAUUAUUUAAUAUUUUUAUAUUAAUUCCUAAUCGGAAUUGUGAAAACUUUGAUGAUGAUGUUGUACAUUUACAUCUAUUUGGACAAAUUGAAAGUGUAAAAAGAUCUUUAGAAAUUGUAAACAACCGUCUGGAUAUGUUAAACGAAAGAAUUAUCACUUCUAAAGAAGUGACUAUAGAAAAACCCCAGAAAUUGCUCGAAUCCAUAUUUGAUAUACGCUUUGAUCCCCUACCCAAAGAUUGUACCUCAAUUAAACCACCUAGUAGUUGUGCCGAAGCCACUAAAUGCACCCGUACCAGUGGCAUCUAUAGCAUAACCGAUUAUCGCUUUAGUAAUCAAACAUUUAACGUUUAUUGUGAUUACAAUAGUUAUGAAGGCGAUUGGUUAUAUAUUUUAACACGCAAUGAUGGUACCGAAAAUUUUAACCGUCCUUGGACAGAUUAUGUUCAAGGCUUUGGCAAUGUGGCUGGAGAAUUUUGGCUGGGCUUGGAAAAACUCUAUGCCCUAACAAACUACUAUGGCCCGCAGGAGCUAAACGUUCAUAUAGAAGAUUUUGAUGGAAAUGCAAAAUUUGCACGUUAUGAUAAUUUCGUUAUAGGAAAUGUAACAGAGAGAUAUAAAUUGAAAUCAUUGGGACGAUAUUAUGGGACAGCUGGUGAUAGUUUGUCAAGACAGCUAGGUCGUGCCUUUACCACAUACGAUAGUGAUGCUAAACUUUGGCCCACAGAUUGUGCUAAAUAUCGUAAGGGAGGUUAUUGGUAUGCAGAUUGUUCGGAUGCCUUUAUGUGCUUUUUAGAAAUCCUACUGGUCGGUAUUUGCGUGGAAAUUUUACUAGUGAUUAUAAUGGUUGUUUUUGGACUGCGCCUGGUAAACGUUUAUAUUCGGUAAAAACUUUUAUAUUUAUGAUUCGUCGCAAGAAAGCUGUAAAAUUGGAACAAUAAAUUUAAAUUAUUAUUAACUUUCAACAAUAAAAGCUUUAGGUACUUAAGCAAGA